CGAAUGAACUGGCGUAUGACGGUGACGCCUUUCGUUGCCAUGGGGUUUUCACAUACAGUGCGAAUGCGUUCUUAAUCUGUAAAACAUACUGAAUGCACUAUACAUAUUAAAAUAUAUAUAUUUCAUGUGAUAAACAUGGUCAUGCGACGUCGUUGUCUAGCGCUGUUUACGCAUUUGUAAUAUUUUUCUUUUGUUUUUUAUACGAGCGGAUCGCUGCCAUGAACAGAGAACUUUCAAUUUUUUUACUGGCAUUUUUUUCGAUUUCCCUGCCAUCACUCAAUAUAUUCGCUGAAGGAAGUGCGGUGUUUCAGCCUCCUUUUAUUGUCGCUUCUCAACCCACCGUGGUCUCUGUGCUGUCUGGCAAUGUGGCGGGGGUCACGUUCACGGUGACAGUUGCUGCACCUUCAUUAAGCACAGGUCAGAUGCCAGCCCCUUCAUGUGCACAGAGCAGCCCGGUGCACUGGCAAGUGACAAGUGAACUGAGCGGAGACCAGAGCUUCAUGAAGGUCACUGUCCACUUGACUCAGUCUCUUCAGCUCUGUGAUGCCAACUCCUCUCAGACCAAUUGCUGUUUGCAGCCGUUGUGUGUCGUCGAAAGUGUGCAGGUUACUGCGUGUCUUGGUGGCGCCGUAGUGGCGGUUUUGCUGGUUCAAGCGGAAAUCUUUGCUCUUUCCUCUUCAAAUAUGGUGAUUUCAGGAAAUGCAACGGUGAUCCCUAACCAAGUCUACCAGCCUCUUGGCUCUUGUCCUUGUAACUUAACAGCUGGGGCCUGUGACAUCCGCUGCUGCUGUGAUCAGGAGUGUAAUUCAAACCUUAAACUGCUCUUCAGCUCCUAUUGCUACGCCGGCGUGUUUGGUGGGAACGUCACUCCCGUCUUUGACCAGCUGUGCUCGGCCCAGAAUGCAAGUACUGCGCCUGAUUGGUUUCCAUUUCUUUGUGUCCAGUCAUCGCUUGAUAACUCUCCUUUCCUUGGUCUCUUCUACCAAGGGGCAGUUGUCAACAUAACACAAACCCCUUCAUUUCGGGUUUCGCUCUUGCCUGGGCCUGUAACACCUAAUGGCUACAAACAAGGAGAUCCUGUUGUAACGGCAGGCGGCCAGUAUUUCACCAUUCCACAGCAGUCUGUGAGCGGUCCGUGUUUGAUGAACGCCCCUGUGGCUUACCUCCAGAACUUCAAUGCCACUUGUGUGUCGUUAUUUGUGUCUUGUGACGCAAAUCCAUCCCUUUGUAUCCAGAGUUCAAGUUUAAACCUUAUACUUGCAAAUGGACAAGGAGGUACUGUCACCAUCACACCAAUGGAGCGCUUGGUAACUGACUUGACUGGUUUCGUUUCUAAUCCCAGCAGUGUAACAUUGCUUAAUCCGGCCCAGCAGCCUUUGCCCAGUGUUGCAUCCCUGUCUUGCAAAAAUGUCUCAUUAUCCAUGGAUUACACGUUCUUUUGGAAUGGAACUUACCUUGAAAAUGUAACUGUGAUUCACACUCUUGCAACUGUCUGCGUGAAUUUAACCGCUCCAUCCCCCAUCUGGUUGACUCGGAUGUUCAGUGCGGCCUUUCUGAAAGGAAAUCCAGUCGCGUUACCUAAAUCAGGAAAUCCAGGUUAUCAGAUUGGCAAACCUGUUAUAGCUGGAAACCUUCAAAGUGGAACUGGCAAAAUAAACAGGACUACUCUAAACCUUUGGGAACCCGUGGGAAAUGGACUUUGCUCCAAUGCUAAAACUACAGCAGUUCUGUUUAGAAAGGAUUCAAUAACAGGAUGUCUGCUGCAAUUAAGCCAACAAAAUUUUACAAACUGUACUUACCUGAGAGACAGCGUUCAAAACACAUUAUCUGCUCUGGUUCCUGCAACACUGAUUGCAAAGAUGGGCAACUCUGAUUCUACUAAUCUCACACAAUGGCUUAAUAUUACAAGUCUGCCAUCAAAUGUGACUGUUGCACCAGCUGAUGAUCUUCCUGGCAGCUGUUCCGCUGUCCCUUCUCACUUAAACAUCCACAUCUUUAUUGCUGAUACUGGUGCAGUGGAAGGAGCCAUCCAACAAGAAAUUAUAAAUGUGGAAACUGGUUUCACCCCUGUGCUGUGGCAGCUGCAAUGUGGAGGUGCCAGUAUAGCAACUUGUGUAAAUGACACCAUCCUCCAGACCUUUCCUGUGAGCAGCUCUGUAACGUUUAUCAAGAUAGAUACCAUCUCACUCUUCCCAAAGACCAGGUUUCAGAUAAAUUACACAGCGUAUGACUGUGAACGAAAUAACGUGUGCUGGCCCCAGCUCGCUUACCCUUUGACCAGAUUUUACACCGGUGAGUCAUACUCCAUGUCAUUGGCUAAAGGUAUGAUCCUGACGUUUUUCUUCAUUGCGGCUGCUGUUCUGGGCAGCCCAUGGUGUAAGAUUCGCCAGGCCUGGAAUAACUCGACAUUCUGAAUUCAUCAUUUGGACUUUCAUGUCAUUUAUAUUUCCAACUUCCUGAUGAUGUUGGAAAAAAGUAUUACUGCAGAAAAAAGGGUUGUAUAUAUUUGAAUUUUUGGUAGUGUAUAUAAUGUUUGCCUUAAUAUAAAGAUUCUAUUAAUUGGAAUUAUUCUAUUUUUAUAAUGUUAAACACUGCUCCUUGACAAAAUUGUCAUUAAUUUGAUAAAUAAAA